AUGUUUGGAAUUAUCGUGUGGGGUGUUAUAAUAUCCUUAAUAUCAUGGAUAUACCUUCGUUGGAGAAAUGUUAGAGAGUAUUGGGCAAGGCGUGGGGUGCCUCACUUGCCACCUCAUCCCCUCGUGGGUAGUCUUACCUUCUUGCAGCAAAAGAAUCCGGUGACCCUAUGGAUGAUUGAUGCAUAUAAACAGUUUAAGAAACCAUACGUAGGAAUAUGGUUAUUCUGGAAACCAGCUCUGAUAAUAAAUUCCCCAGAAAUAGCAAUAAAUAUACUGAUCAAGGACUUCGACAAUUUCAGGAACAGAUUCCUGAAACCGGGUUCUUUCGAUCCUUUUAAAAAUAGUUUGUUUACUGCAAAUGAUCCCAUGUGGUCAUCAAUGUGUCGUGGUUUGACAUCGGUAUUUACGUCUUCAAAGCUAAAGGCAAUGCAGGGCCUCUUCAACCAAAAAGCAAAUGAUUUAAUACAAAGGAUAAAAAACACUAAAGAUACAAGCAAACUGGAAAUAAGGAUGUGUACCUUGCUCUUAUUAAUAUUAUGCCUAAAAAGAACUUAUUUUAAAUCAUUAUUAACAGAUUACACAACAGAUUUGAUUGCAACCGCUGCUUUUGGUGUAGAAACUACCGCCACCCUCACAGGAGAAGACCCUAUCAGAACUGUGACAAAUACCCUAAUGACCUUCGACUGGUACAAAGGAUUAUGUUGGAGUACUAUAUUUUUCUUUCCGAAAUUGACGGAAUGUUUCAGAUUUCCAGUAUUUUCUGAAUCAUCGACACAGUUCUUUAAGAAAGUAUUUGAAACUGUAUCAAAGCAAAGAAGAGACAAUGGAAUAAAGGACGUAAAAGAUGUACUCGACGCUAUACUUAAGCUUAAGGACGAUGAUAUAGAAUAUAAAAACAAGGAGAAAAUGUAUAAAGAGUUAAUAGAGGCCAAGAAAAGUCAAAACGGUUCCUUGGACCUUACUAUACAAGCUGAUUUGAAGUAUUUAAACUGUGUUUUUAAAGAAGCGUAA